CGUGGCCAUGGCGGCCUGGCCUGCCGUGCCCCUCCUCAUCAACCUCGGCGGGUCGCUGCUGGGCUUUGCGGCCACGCUCACGCUGAUCCCGGCCUUCACACAACACUUCCUCGCCGCGCGGCUCUUCGGGGAGGACCUCAACAAGACCUCAAGGCGGCCCGUCCCCGAAGCACAGGGCGUGAUCAGCGGUGCCGUGUUCCUGAUCAUCCUCUUCUGUUUCAUCCCCGUGCCCUUCCUGAGAUGUUUUGUGGAGGAGCAGUGCGCGGCCUUUCCUCACGAUGAGUUCGUGGAGCUCAUCGGUUCGCUCCUUGCCAUCUGCUGCAUGAUUUUCCUGGGCUUUGCAGAUGAUGUUCUGAACCUGCGCUGGCGCCACAAGUUGCUUCUUCCUACCAUGGCUUCUCUCCCACUGCUCAUGGUUUACUUCACCAACUUUGGGAACACGACCAUUGUUGUGCCUAAGCCCUUCCGGCUGCUGCUGGGCAUGCAUUUGGACCUGGGUAUCCUCUACUACGUGUACAUGGGUAUGCUAGCAGUGUUCUGCACUAAUGCCAUCAACAUACUCGCUGGAAUUAAUGGAAUUGAAGCAGGACAGUCACUGGUGAUAGCUGCUUCCAUUAUCAUAUUCAACAUUGUAGAGCUAAACGGGGAUUAUCAAGAUGAUCAUAUUUUUUCUCUCUACUUCAUGAUUCCCUUUUUUUUUACCACGCUGGGCCUAUUUUACCACAACUGGUACCCAUCUCGAGUAUUUGUUGGGGACACCUUCUGCUACUUUGCUGGCAUGACCUUUGCUGUGGUGGGGAUCUUGGGACACUUCAGCAAAACGAUGCUGCUUUUUUUCAUCCCACAAGUACUCAACUUCCUCUAUUCACUGCCUCAACUCUUCCACACCAUUCCUUGUCCCCGUCACCGGCUACCGAGGCUUAAUCCUAAUACAGGGAAGUUGGAGAUGAGCUACUCCAAAUUCAAAACUAAAAGCCUCUCUGCCCUGGGAACAAACAUUCUGAAGGUAGUCAAGAUCUUGCACUUAGUAGAUGUGAGGAGUGGAACAGAUGAAGAUGGUGAAUACACGGAAUGCAGUAAUAUGACACUUAUUAAUUUUGUCAUAAAGCUGAUCGGACCCACCCACGAACGAAAUCUCACUCUCCUGUUGCUACUCAUUCAGGUCCUUGGCAGCACGAUUGCAUUUUCGAUCCGGUACCAACUAGUGCGCUUGUUUUAUGAUGUCUGACUGGACUGUCAGGAGCAAGGGAAAGAGUUCUACCUGCCAGUCCAUUUUCUCCACUUGCUUGACCAAAUGAUUCAACUGAUCUUACUCCCAACCUUCUGAGAACCUCAGAAUACCUGUCAAAAUGCAAGCAACUGCUUUGCGUGGGCUAGUUUUGAACUGGAAUGUUUUUUGUGCACCAAAGGCUUUUGUCCAGUUCUGUGAUGGAAAAGAUUCACUGCUACUUGGACAUCAUUGUUACUAGGAAUACCUUUUAGAGGGGAAGCAAAUGACAGCACUCAGGGAAAGUGGGAAAGUUGGAAUCUCUAUACAUCUAACAAAGACAUUACUGCUCACUAAGAGAGAAAACAGCAACUUUAAUUUCUGUGAGCAGAAUGAGUAAACGAGACUCCAUGCCUAUCUUCUCCAAUCCUGUUUUUGGUCCAUGGACAUAGAAUGACACGUUAUAACCCAUACUCAAAACUCAGAGCGCUCCGAGAAUAAAAUAAUUCAUGGUACCCUUU